AUGGCAUCUCCACUGAAUCUCCACAGAGACGGAAGAGUAUCUGAAGAAGUAAAAACUUCGCAUGAAGAAAGCGAAGCCAUUGCAGGAGAUACAAUUAGGCUUAUAAUCGCAUUACCAGAUGGUAGAAGAAUUGAAGAUGAUGUAAUUUUAAAUUUAGUUCAAAGGCGGCGUUAAUGUUGAAUGGGUAAUAUAUAAAAUUUCAAGUCAGACUGAUUAUCAAUUCGAAGCAAUUGUAAAAAUUAUUUAGGAACUGUUUUUUGAAGGGCGCAAACUCUUAGGCCCACUGUCACUUUCAGACUAUCCUCAAAUACAGAGUGGGGCGGUGCUGACUGCAAGAGUAGCUCAGGAGGAGCAAAAAAAUAACUAA